UGCUUGAUCUAUUCUAUGCACUGCUGUGCGAAUGAGUGUAAAGGAGUCGGGAGGUGCGGAGGAAAAGCUGGUAGCUUCUUGCGAGGAAGCCGCCUGAUGGAUUCACGCCGUUUGUCGUGUUUACGUCCGUUACUUAUUUUUCUUCAAACGCUCACGUUGGCCUAGUUCGCGUCCGCCCCGUCCGCAAGCACCGUAUUUCGCUCGUACUUCUAACCUAAGAUUACCCUCGACAGUCGCCGCACGCGAAAGAAAUGAAUGCCAUGCUCCUUUGAUAGAGGUAAAACGUCGUCGUCGGCAACCACGACACGCACGGACCGUCUCAUUCGUAUCAUCAAGCACCUCGUCGAUUGACAAAGGCUGACGACCAGGAACGACAUUUGUCCUAAGUACAGUUACUGUAUCCACAAGUCUAAUACUACUACUGCGCAUAGUAAUGUCUGUCCCUCCUUCGUCCUCCAACAAUAUAUCUGACAAUAAUAAACUAGGCAGUGCCAGUCCUAGUCCAAUUGAGGGUAUUGAAGGAGUUCCAGGACCAAGUUCCUUGGAUCCUAUGCAUUCAGUGUUGCCACAAGAUGAGGAAUCUGAAGAUUAUGGAGGUGAUGAAGACGAAGAUGAUGAAGAAACUAGCGAAGGAGAAAGCGAAAUUAGUGACAGUGGAUUAUUUUGUGACACCGAAUGUACAGCAGACGUUGAGAGCAACAAUUGUCAAUCACCUGUAUCACAAUCCUUAGAAGCAAUCCUUUCUGAACAAACUCAGAGUCCAAUAUAUAAUUGCGUGCCAUCAGAUGCCCAGCCUCAAAGAAAGCGAAAGAGUGAAACGGAAUGUUGUCUACCGUGUAAAAAACUUAAUCCAGAAGAGAAGUCUCAUACAAUGACUGCGAGAAAGUUAGAUGAUAAAGGUAAACAUGUGAGAUGUGUCAUUCCUACAAAGGACAAUCCUCCUCCAGAAAUGAGUAGUUGGCUCUUGCAAUUUCAGAGGUGGUCAAAUGCGGAAAGAAUGUUGGCGAUAGAUGAAUUAAUAGAGAGAUGCGAACCCACGCAAGUGCGUCACAUGAUGCAGGUCAUAGAGCCCCAGUUUCAACGCGACUUCAUAUCACUAUUGCCGAAAGAAUUGGCAUUGUCGGUGUUGGCCUUCCUGGAACCAAAGGAUCUUCUGAAAGCGGCGCAGACCUGCCGGAAUUGGAGAUUUUUAGCUGAUGACAAUCUAUUAUGGAAGGAGAAGUGCAAGGCGGCUGGUAUAGAAGAUCUGAAGGAUCUGCCACCACCAAAACGCAAGAACUGCCGAAGCGGUAGUUACAACUCGUCGCCGUGGAAGCAGGCCUAUAUGCGGCAGCAUAAUAUUAAAAUGAACUGGAGAACGAAGCCAAUCCGUACACCGAAAGUGUUGAAGGGCCAUGACGAUCAUGUGAUCACAUGCCUGCAAUUUUCCGGCAACCGGAUAGUUAGUGGUUCGGAUGACAAUACUCUCAAAGUAUGGUCCGCCGUCACGGGCAAGUGCUUACGAACAUUAGUCGGGCAUACCGGAGGGGUAUGGUCCUCGCAGAUGUCCGGCACGAUUGUUAUCAGUGGUAGUACAGAUCGUACUUUGAAAGUGUGGAACGCGGAGACCGGCCAGUGUAUUCAUACCUUAUACGGUCACACGUCGACGGUGAGGUGUAUGCAUCUGCACGGUAACAAGGUUGUCAGUGGUAGCAGGGAUGCGACACUGAGAGUGUGGCAAGUGGACACGGGGGAGUGUUUGCAUGUGCUCGUAGGGCAUCUAGCGGCAGUCAGAUGUGUGCAAUAUGACGGGAAAUUGGUGGUCAGUGGUGCCUACGACUACUUGGUCAAAGUUUGGAAUCCGGAGCGCGAGGAGUGCCUUCAUACCUUACACGGACAUACCAACCGCGUUUAUUCCCUCCAAUUUGACGGUGUACACGUUGUUAGCGGAUCGUUGGAUACAAGUAUAAGAGUAUGGGAGGUAGAAACUGGUGCUUGUAGACACACCCUAAUGGGGCAUCAGUCCCUCACCUCAGGGAUGGAACUGCGCAAUAAUAUUUUAGUGUCAGGCAAUGCUGAUUCUACCGUGAAAGUGUGGGACAUUGUUAGCGGUCACUGCCUUCAGACUCUCUCCGGUCCGAAUAAGCAUCAGUCAGCGGUCACUUGCCUUCAGUUCAAUAGCCAUUUUGUGAUUACGUCCUCCGAUGAUGGUACAGUAAAGCUCUGGGAUGUUAAGACUGGUGAUUUUAUUAGGAAUCUAGUUGCUCUGGAAAGCGGGGGUAGCGGCGGUGUCGUGUGGAGAAUUCGAGCGAGUGAUACGAAACUAGUGUGUGCAGUAGGUAGUCGUAACGGUACCGAGGAGACGAAACUGCUUGUCCUCGAUUUCGACGUUGAGGAGCAUUUGUCAACGAUGGCAGACGAAAACGAGGGAACUGAGACGUCGACGUACUGAAACACACUUCGAGGCAAAAUGACAUUAUUUGAAGAAUCUCAUACUUCCUGGAGCAAACGAGAAAACUAUCGACGACAAUUUCGACGCGCCAUUCGGACUAUAUAGAUCUUUUUAUGAGAAAUUUCAAAUGUCUCUUACAUCGAAAUGUCAUAUUUGUAUGAUUUACUGGCCAAUUGUUUUGGUCGAUUUUGGUCAAGCUGAUUUUCUUAAACUGUCAACUUGGAUAUUUCCUGAUGAUAGAAGCUUAGAUUUUACUUGCCUAUAUAAACAUUGAUCUGGUUAAAAACAAAUAUUUUUAUAAAUGUUUACAAACUGAUAUUUUCAUAUUGCUGACAUUGAUUGAGGAAAAUUAGAUUUUCAGCAAUCAAACUGCGAAACGAUUCAAAUCAAGAAUUCGAUAAAUAAUUUUUCUCCCUCUUUUGUUCUUUUUUAUACUAUUUUUUCCAGUAUUACAUGUUUUUACUCCAUCAUGGUGCAAUAUGCAAAAAUAGCACUUAUUCACGUGCAAUACAGAUUUACACAAUAGUGAAAUAAUACAAGUUUGCACAGAGCAAAAGAAAAACAUUUUUACUUUCGAUUAAAAGCUUUAAUCUUAUCAAUAAUAAACGAUUUCGCUAAAGGGAGAAUAUUUGUAUUAGCCAGAUCUUUCCAUUUAGUGCGAAUUGUAUAAAAAGACUUAGAUCACGGCAUCAAUUGUCAGUGACAAAUUUUAUAUGGAUUCUACUGAAUCAUGUCAUGAAUGGCAUUAUCGGAGAAUAAUGCAAUUUGUGCAAAUGCAUCUUUAUUAUUGACCUAGAUUAGACUAGGUGUCAUGUUUAUUUGUAUAUUGCUCAAUAGUUUAUAUUAUAAGAAUGUGUUACCUGUUGUAUCAUUUUUUUAUAAGAAAUAGAAAAGAAUGUUGCCGGAUAUUUUAGAUUUUGUUUUUUUUUUUAAAUUUAUUACGAUUGUACACACGUUCUCUUAUGCUAAGAAACAUAUUUUGUACAAAAUAAAUGUUCGAUUUCGACCUCUUUCUACAUA